CAGUGCCGGGGGCAGUACGUCAGCGUCCACAGCGAGGAGCACUAGUGCGGGCGGCAGGUGCGCAGAGACCCGUCCCCGGCGGCCAGGACUGCGGUCACUCUCCGGGACUGACAGCGGCAAUGGCGGAGGCAGGGUGCGGGAACCGGGGAGGCGGCACUAUGUGAGUUUGCCCGGCAUUCAGACCCGUCCACCUGCCCUCUCCAUCCCUCCUGUGCUCGCCGUCUUCUACACUGGCAUGUGGCCAUAGGAGACCGGGGGGCUGAGGUCCUCUGCCAUGGAGCCCCCUGCAGAAAGUCCAUGUCGGGCAGCGGAAUACCUGAAGGAGCUCAACAAGAUCAUUGAGACCCAGCAGGAGCUUCUGGGGAAGCAGAAGAAACGGAUUGACGAGCUGGAGGAGCAAGUGAGCACCCUGUACAAGGAGAAAGCCUGCCUGCAGGAGCAGCACCACAAGCACCUGGCCACCUGCAGGCUGCACCAAACGGCGCCCCCCUGCCUGGGCUCCAUCCAGGAGAACAAGUAUGAAGAAGAAGUGCCAAGAAAUGUAAGGGUAAGAAGACCACCUGUUCCUGGUGCUGGAACGAGAAGUAUACUGUAA